UUCAAAUGAUGACGUCAGUGAUCUUCAGGUCGGAUGGUCUGUGCUCUCCAGUUCCCACGUUGGAAUUCCGAGUUGGAUGAUCUUUCAAAUUGAUUUUUUCCCCAGUCUGAGCUCGUUUUUUUCGAGGUCCCAGUUGUUUUGAAUUCGGAAGUCAGAGAUUUCCGAGUUCCCAGUUGUGUUGAACGCGGCAUUAGCUACAACAACAUCUCACAUAUGCUAUGGUUGGUGUGCAGUGAUGGCUUUUAUAAAGAGGAAAGAACGAACGAAAGAAAGGUUUUCUCUCCUGUUGCUGGACCUGGAAGAGUAUUACUUUGAACAGCACACAGUGUAUCAUGUGACAACCAGUUCAGCCAAAAAAAGAAAGAUCAGAGGGUCACUCAAAGUAUGCUCCAAAUCCAUCAUAUUUGAACCUGAGGACCAUGUGGAGCCCAUUUUAAAGAUUCCUCUCAGAGAUUGCAAAAAGAUUGAAGCGGUUGAAGAAAAGGACCAGAAUCCUUUCAAUGAGAGCAAACCAGCUGGCCUCACCAUUUUAUGCAAACAGGUUUACCUCAUCAAAGAGAACAAUGUCGUUGCACCUUACAGAGUUGAAAGGGGAGACAGUACCUUUCUCUUCCAUCUGGAAGUUUCCAGUAAAACGGAGGAUGUUGUCCAAACAUUACUUCAGCUGCAUAGGGCCUCUUGUCUGGACAAGCUUGGAGACCAGACUGCAAUGAUUGCUGCUAAUUUACAAUCCAGAUUGGCAAGAACUUCAUUUGACAAGAACAGCUUUCAGAAUGUUUCAGAAAUUCCACACAUGGAAUGCGAGGCGGAGAUGGUCACUCCAUUGGUUACAAACCCUGGUCACGUGUGUAUAACUGACCAAAGCCUCUACUUCCAACCACUCAAUGGCUAUCCUGAACAGGUAGUCCGAAUCGAGCUCCAUCGAGUGAAACAAAUCUAUAAGAGAAGGCAUGGACUCAGGCCAUUGGGGCUGGAGGUAUUCUGUACCGAAAACGACUUCUGCUCGGACAUCUAUCUGAAGUUUUACAAGACCAGCGACAGAAAUGACCUCUACUACUACAUCGCCACGUUUCUGGAGAACCACAUGGUGGAACACACAGUGGAGAGUUACAUGCUGCAGUGGCAGCGAGGUCACCUCAGUAACUACCAGUACCUUCUGCACCUCAACAACCUGGCUGACCGCAGCGGCAAUGAUCUGUCUCAGUACCCCGUUUUCCCCUGGAUCAUCGCUGACUACAACAGCACAGAGCUUGAUAUGAUGAACCCCGCAACUUUCCGUGACCUGAGCAAGCCUGUGGGAGCGCUGAAUAAAGAGAGACUAGAGAGAUUGUUGUCCCGGUACAGAGACAUGCCUGAUCCUCGUUUCAUGUACGGCAGUCAUUACUCCUCUCCAGGCUAUGUGCUUUUCUACUUAGUCAGAGUUGCCCCAGAACACAUGCUGUGUCUUCAAAAUGGCCGCUAUGACAAUGCAGACCGCAUGUUCAAUAGCAUUGGAGAAACGUGGAAAAAUUGCUUAGAGGGUGCAACUGACUUCAAAGAGUUAAUCCCAGACUUCUAUGGGAAUGACCCCAGCUUUCUACUAAACUGCCUUAGUCUGGAUUUGGGGAAGAGGCAAGGUGGAAGCUCGGUUCAAGAUGUAGUUCUUCCGCCAUGGGCUGCAGAUGCCAGUGAUUUUCUUCAGAAGAGUCAGAAAGCGCUGGAGAGUCAGUACGUGUCAGAACACCUGCACGAGUGGAUCGACCUGGUGUUUGGCUUCAAGCAAAAAGGAAGUGAAGCCGUGGCAGCCCACAAUGUGUUCCAUCCGUUGACAUAUGAGGGUGGCAUCGACUGUGAUAGUAUAGAGGACCCCAAUGAGAAGAUUGCCAUGUUGAUUCAGAUCCUGGAGUUUGGGCAAACCCCGACGCAACUGUUCACCACCCCACACCCACAGAGGAUAACACCCAGAUUCCAGAGCAUAUCGCGAACACCCAGUGUAAACACACCCCUCAACGAGCUUUCUCCAGCAUCCACCAGUGAGGACUCCUCCUUUGAAGACCUAACCGAAGAGACUAGGAGACUGGCUUGGAACAACAUAGCUAAACUCAAAUUGAUGUCCACCCACAAAAUCCAUAAAGAGGCUGUGACGGGCAUCGCAGUGACUCGGACCGCGUCGUCUGUCUUCACAACAUCACAAGACUCGACACUGAAGAUGUUCUCCAGAGAGUCGAAUGGAUUGCAGAGAAGCAUGUCCUUCUCCAACAUGGCAUUAUCAUCGUGCUUGAUGCUACCAGAGGAUAAGGCCGUAGUCUGCUCCUCGUGGGACAAUAAUGUGUAUUUCUACUCGAUACCAUUUGGCAGGCGUCAGGACACGUUGAUGGGCCAUGAUGAUGCCAUCAGUAAGAUGUGCUGGAAGGACAACCAGCUUUACACUGCAUCCUGGGACUCGACAGUCAAGGUUUGGCAAUGUGACUCUGCCGAUAUCGCGAAUAAUAAGAGAUGCCAAUUCCAGUUGCUGGCAGAGUUUGAACACGAAGCGGGGGUGAACACUAUUAACCUAAAUCCAGCAGGUACUUUGUUGGUGUCUGGGACUAAGGAUGGAACCGUCACCAUUUGGGAUACCAGUAGCUCAGUACAACUCCAUCAAGUCCACUGCCAUUCAGGAAAGAUCCACGAUGUGGCCUUUAGUCCUGACAGCAGACACAUCUUGAGUGUAGGAGAGGACUCGUGUCUGAAGGUAAUCGACGUCCAGACGGGCAUGAUGAUCUCGUCUGUGCAAGCUGAUGAGGAGCAGCGGUGUUUCUGCUGGGACGGGAACACGGUCCUGUCGGGAGGUCAGUCCGGACACCUCCAGGUCCUGGACCUGCUAAGCAACAAAGUGACCACCAGGAUCCCUGGACAUUCAGGUGCAGUCACAGCGAUGUGGAUGAACGAGCAGUGUAGCACGGUGAUCACAGGUGGCGAAGACAAGCAGAUCAUCUUCUGGAAACUUGACUGUUGACCACGGUGCUAGAUAGUCCCUUUGUACGUGUAUGUACAGAGGUGAAGUCCAAGGGGGACACUCACAAUGAGACAUAUUUUAUACUGUCUGGCUCCAACCAAAGAGACUAUCAUCGUUGGUCAAGGUAACUACAUAGGCUGGCUGGCCUGCUGGCUGGCUCACCCAGAGAUGGUAACGCAUUAUCAUUGCACAUAUGACUUUACAAAUAUACUGGUCCAGUUAGCAGGGACAACAAUCAUACUCCUGUCUGGAGUUCUCAAACAAAAUCUAAUUAUGAACAAUAUAACCAUCCUCAACCAUGUUAGCGUAACAACUUGGCCAUCCUCAACCAUGUUAGCGUAACAUAUUGGCCAUCCUCAACCAUGUUAGCGUAACAACUUGGCCAUCCUCAACCAUGUUAGCGUAACAUAUUGGCCAUCCUCAACCAUGUUAGCGUAACAACUUGGCCAUCCUCAACCAUGUUAGCGUAACAUAUUGGCCAUCCUCAACCAUGUUAGCGUAACAACUUGGCCAUCCUCAACCAUGUUAGCGUAAGAACUUGGCCAUCCUCAACCAUGUUAGCGUAACAACUUGGCCAUCCUCAACCAUGUUAGCGUAACAACUUGGCCAUCCUCAACCAUGUUAGCGUAACAACUUGGCCAUCCUCAACCAUGUUAGCGUAACAACUUGGCCAUCCUCAACCAUAUUAGCGUAACAACUUGGCCAUCCUCAACCAUGUUAGCGUAACAACUUGGCCAUCCUCAACCAUGUUAGCGUAACAACUUGGCCAUCCUCAACCAUGUUAGCGUAACAACUUGGCCAUCCUCAACCAUGUUAGCGUAACAACUUGGCCACCCUCAACCAUGUUGGCGUAACAUAUUGGCCAUCCUCAAUCUUGUUGGCGUAACAUAUUGGCCAUCCUCAACCAUGUUAGCGUAACAACUUGGCCAUCCUCAACCAUGUUAGCGUAACAUAUUGGCCAUCCUCAACCAUGUUAGCGUAACAUAUUGGCCAUCCUCAAUCAUGUUAGCGUAACAUAUUGGCCAUCCUCAAUCAUGUUAGCGUAACAUAUUGGCCAUCCUCAACCAUGUUAGCGUAACAUAUUGGCCAUCCUCAACCAUGUUAGCGUAACAUAUUGGCCAUCCUCAACCAUGUUAGCGUAACAUAUUGGCCAUCCUCAAUCAUGUUAGCGUACCAUAUUGGCCAUCCUCAAUCAUGUUAGCGUACCAUAUUGGCCAUCCUCAAUCAUGUUAGCGUAACAUAUUGGCCAUCCUCAAUCAUGUUAGCGUAACAUAUUGGCCAUCCUCAAUCAUGUUAGCCAAUAGAAAUGUCAAUUUGAACCUAGUGAGGAUGGUAUGGCGAUGAUUAGAUUCUGCACAUGCCCUCUUGCAGCAUUCCCUUGCUAAUUUUGCACUUCAAUGCUUUUGCCAGACUUACUGUACAGCAUGUUUUGCUUGUCUGUCUAUUGUUUAAGCGUUCAUUCAGUUGUCAUAGUGCCUUAGUGACUGACCAUUUAAUCAUGAUGUAAUUGACCGCAUAGUGGUCGGAAUAAACCUCUGGCACAAAAGAAAAUGUAUAGCAAGCAGUGUUUCAGAAAUACAUGCAGUAGAGAUUAUCAUGACAAUAAAUAAAUGUACAAUGUAACACACUUUGAGCAGCUGGAAAAGCUCUAUAUAAAUCCACUCCAUUCAUAGUAUUAUUAAAUACACACAUGCUACAUAAAGAUAUAUUCAUUCAAUUUAUUUUCACCCACAAUUUUCAUUUGAGAGCAGCAGUAAUUCAUUGCUAAUGCAUGGGAAAUGUCCAAGAGUUAUUGUAGAUUUAAAAUGAAAAAUAAAUAAAAAAGGAAUAUAUUAAUGCACCUAACUGUUGAACUUACACUGAGGCAUAAUUCAAAAUCAUGUUUAUAAGCGCUUUGGCCCAACUGUAUUUGGGGAACUGCUUUACUGUGACUGAGUAGACUCAGGAACUCUCACCCAUGCAAAGAGUGCAUUUCUUUCAAGUUUGUCAACCUUGUUAUAGCAAGAUAAAUAUGUGUGCUACUGAAGCGUUGUGCUAUGGCAUAGACUGCCAAUGCACUGUGUAACUAACCAUAUACCACCCUGUACAUUUUAAUAGAGAUGACCCAUCUUGUUUUAUUACUUUACAUUUUAUUUACAUUAUGUGGAGCUUAAACCUGUACUAACAAGGUAGUUACAUAGCCAAGUACUGUAGAAUGUAAUUGCAGUAUUGGAACAUAGUUUUAAGUACUAUGAUACAUGUUUUCCAUUUGUGUAAAAUUACACAUUUAGACUUUUUUUUAUACAUGGGAUUUGUGAAGGGGAAACCUCCAAUUUAGAUGUAGUUUAACCUCCCCUUUUCCUAUUGCUUUCGAUUGCACAGUUGUCUCCACUGUGAUCAGUUUAUUUGCGAGUCCUUGUAAUCCUUAGACAGGUGUAACAGUUGUAAGUAAUAUGUAACAAAAUGUACUCAGAAUCUAGUACCACUACUAGCGCUGUAAGUAAAAGCUGCCAGCAGCAUUUGGCCUAAUGGGAAGUAGCUAAAAACGAAGCAGUGCCCUCCUAGUGACGUAAGUGAAUGUAUUUGAGUGAGGUUGCUGAGACAAACUAUGCUGUAAAUCGGGAUGUCUACUAUCUUUCAUGCCUCAGGGCUAACAGUGUUAUGUUGCUGCAGUAUGUCCUCCCAGCUUUUGUGUACUGUACAGAUCCUGCUCAAUAAAAUAUUGCACAUCUGUGAAUAUAAGUUUA